AUGGUCCACGUCGUGUUCGUCGUCCGUUUAUGGUGUUCAUCUCGUUGAUCUUAUUCCAGACCUGACUGUACUCUCUCCAUCAUCCAAACAGCCAAUAUCAUCACAUUUAGUAUUCUUCAUCAAAAUCAUUCAUCAUGUCUGAGUGGGCAAAGCAAACAUACAACCAGCAGUACGAGAAGUGGGUUCCAUGGCUCGAGGACGUCUACUUGAGAUGGUUCACCAAGGACAACAAGGCCAGCUACACGACUAAGGAUACUCUCGACAAGAGCAAGGUCACCGGCGUCGAGCAAGUCGAUACUCUCCAAGACGGCGUGCACAACCUCGCUGCCGGCCAGGUCGGUCAGGGCGGCCUUCUCCAACCCAUCGGCGAUAUGGCUUCCAAGGAGGGCAUCAACCGCGCCGAGCGCCAGGGCAAGGACGACGAGGGCGGCUACGUGCCCACCGCCGUCCCCGGCUCCGGUGCCCUGAACCAGGCGGGCAGCGGCGUCGCUGAGGGCAGCAAGACCGUUGCCGGCAAGACCACCGAGGGCGUCAAGGGUGCCGGCGGCUUCGUCGGUGGCCUGUUUGGUGGCGGUGCUGGCAAGGCCAAGCCUGAGCAGAAGUAAAUACCUCAUCACCAACGACCACCAACUUGGAGAAAGGAGGAGAGCUUGCAGACUUACCUGCAAACUCCAUUGCGAGUCCUUGGAUGGGGCGGUAGCGUAUUGACGCUGUCUUUGGAUCACCGGCGUUAGAUUGCAACGGAAUUUUGUCGAUUAGCUUUGACCACAAUACCCACAAACGGUCUUUGAAUUGAAGGAACUCAUGAAUUACAAUCUCCUGUCUUCACAACAACUAUGACAUGUCAACUGUAUGAGGGCUAUCUCAAGCAAACGU